CUGCGUCAUUAAUUGCGUCACAAUAUCCGUCGCCAAUGUUACCGUAGACGAUGGGAUUGAUAAAGAAUCCACAGUUGCUGGAUUAGUAUCAUCCAAGGUCCUUUCAGUUCUAACUUCAACCGAUUCUGUUGGUCGCAUAACACCUUGGAGAUCCGAUUCGUUCGAGUUAUCUUUUUGAUUAACAUUUUUAGAGUCCUUGCGAAUGAAGUACCAAUUACCAACUCGGAAUCCCCAAUCCCGGUUAGGGUCAAAAAUAAGGGUCGCUGGAUUGUAUAUAACCAGAACGAUUCGAUAAAUUAAAAAUUAUAAGUUAAUUACCGUGUUAACGAUUAUAAUUUUAUACAUACACAAAUCCACACGAAGCCAUUUACGGUUCCUUAAUUUCCUUCUCAACUGAAACUCAUCCAGAUCCAAUAUGUCGUCUGGCAAAGCAGAUUCUUCCGUUGACUCUGUGGUUGUUUGUUGCCCGAAAAAUUUUUCAUAUAACCGAUCCUUCAAAUGGCCAAACCAAUCCCCAAUUCCACGGAAGAAAUUGUCGCCUUGAACUGGUCGUAAAUUAUUAUGGUCUGCAAUAAAACCGCCAUAACCAUUUUAACUUUGUUGCUUGAAAAAUAGCGGAUGAUCGAUUCGUUUUUUAAUAUUAAGUUUGGCAAUUUCCCUCGGCGUCUGUUAAUCAAUAAAACGAAUCAACAAGAUGUAAUACCUUUAAUAUAAAUUCCUGCCAACGUGGAUUGAUGGCAGCUAAUAAGUAGUAAAAGGAUAAUGUAGAAUUGCAUUUUUCUACCACACGACUGAUCUGCGCGGAGAAAUAUUCGCCUUUAUAUAUAUUUCGCCGGAAACGAAUGCUCAUUAGGAAAACAAUUUUAUCAAGAAUCAAGAAAAUUCAGUACAAUACUCCUAUUGAAUAGCGGUGUCCUUGCCCGUUUCCAUUCCGAGAAGAUUAUUAUGUAUACAGUAAAUGAGCACAUGGAUGGUAAUAGGCCUUUGUUAAGUACAAAUUUGGAGUGUAUAACUACGAGUUAUUGACAUUAGUCAGAGAUGAUUGAUCAUUUUAAUGAACAUCACGUAAAAUGGAUCGAAGAUGUGUAAGCAUUAGAAUGGUAAAUACUUUAGCCUUUAAGCUAACGGUGAUCAAGUCCACUAUGACACUAACUUAGGAGUCUGUCUUCAGUUUGUAGACCUACAUAAAUUAGCAACUAUUUUUAUUUAUUUGAGUCGUUCCGAAUCAGAUUUUUCAGCACAUGGCAUUUAUGACUUUUGCUAGGUCCAAACAGACUUAAUUUAUAAAAGAUAUCGAGAGUAUGCACGAAAAUUUAGCUGAUCCACCUUCUAGGACUCGAUGUGUUCAAAACUCCAACAUUAAAUUUGCAAUCAUGAUUUUUACACGUGUUACUUGCGUAUCGAGUCAGAGAACUCAAAAGUCUAUUGAUUUUAGUAAUGCCUGUGAAAGGGGGGAAUAUUCUUUUCCGUUAUGGUUAUAUUCCAGUUUAAAAAGAAAAUUACAUCUUAAUAAUGCAUUUUUGUACUGUGAAGCACAUGUCACGUAAAUAUAUCGAUCCCAAUCUAUACCGUUCCCGAGACUGAAUCCUUACGUGACAAUAUUGGGAUUGUUAUGCAAUUAAGCUGAUUUUAGUUAUGUCGAAGUAGCUAAGUUAGUCGAGUUAGCUAAGUCGCCAUACACGUUAUGAACCUGUGUGGAUCAUCAAUUUCGUUUAACUUCGUACAGAAGAUUACUCUUUAUUUCGUCGCUACUAUAUAGCCAGAGUCAGCUAUAUUUUGCCACCCAUUUCAUCAGCAGGGUCCCAUAAUUAGUUAAUACCACUUCUAGACAGGUGCUAAACCUUCGCUAACGUUGCAUUUUGUCAGUUGAAAGGAUAUUUUUACGACGAAAAUACAGACUAUUUCCCGUUAAUUCUAUUACUGAUGCUAGGUAAUCUACUGUUAACGAAUUUUUUGGCCAUCACUUCCAACAUUUGGGCAAACUCGAGAUGGCGAAGCUAGCUGGCUCAUUGUCAGAUCAGACGCAGCAUGGAGACUGUUUGUUAUUCGUGCAUAUUGUAUAUAUGUUGAGCAUUUACGAUUAUCGAUGUCCCGAACGCAAUUAAUGUCGUCGUCUUCCACGUCUUUGAUGACGAUGGUUGGGAAUGAAUUAACAAAUCAACAAUGUACGAAUUCUAAUACAGACGAAGCAAAGGAAUUUUCUGUGGAAAUGCCAUGUCCUGUCACGGUGUCUAUACCGAAAGUAGAACCGUGUUUUAACGAAUCCUUUGGCACGAGUGACAAUUCAUUAAAUUCUGAUGAAUUAUUUGAAUCGCAAAUUUCUUUUCCUAAGCCUUAUAAAAUUAAAGAUCCUAUUAUCCUACUUGAGAAGUGUGAUAAAAUAUGGGAGACAUUAAAAUUAAUAAAAAAUGUGCAAGGUAAUAAGAGUACUAAUACAUUAAAUUCAGUAUCGUUGAAGAAUACAGAUGAUAAACCAUAUGUUAAAUACCAACCAGUAGUAUUGGGUGAUAACAAUGCUACAUUACCACAUUUAAAAUUAUCUGUAAAAAGUAGUAGAAGAUUGCACCAAUGUACAACUUGUGGAAACUUAUACUUGCACAAGAAAUCACUAAGGCACCAUGCGCAAGUGGUACAUGGUAUUUAUAUAUCAGUAGAGAAACCUAGACACAAUUUACCAGAAAAAGCUAAUGUUAAUAAAGACAAAGAGUCUAGUACUGUUGAAACAGAACAAAGUAAUCUUAAAAAGCUUCCUUUGAAGAGAAGUCAUAGUAUGCAAAGUAAAGAUUCUUUAUCACCAUGUGUAAAAUCACAUGUGAAUAAGUCUAAUCAUGAAUCUAUGUCAGAUACUCAAUCUGAGGGAAAGAAAAUAAACAUUUCAACGCACACCAAGGAAACGUUAAAUAGCGAUGAAGGUGUGCCAAAAGAUCAAGGAAAAUCAAUAUCUCCUGAAGAAUUGAAGGGAAAUGGUUCACCAUCCUCGUCAUAUUAUCAAUGCGUCCUAUGUAAGAAUUACGUAAAGAAUCUAAGAAAACAUUUGAUUAAUUACCAUAAAAUUGUUCAUACUGACCUUAUGUUAAAAAAAUUGAAACAAACAUCCAUUGUGUCAAAAGUUAAUAAAUCGAAAAAUAGUAGUAAUAAUAAUUCUUUGAGAAAUAGUGCUGUCACUAGCGAUAAACAGAAAUUUCAAAGUAAUGGAAAACGAAACUUGAAUAGAUCUCACGCAGGUCAUGAAAAAAGAUUUAAAGUUACUGAUACUGCAUACAGAGUUAACAAUUCACUGCCAGAUGGCAAACACAAGUGCUCUAUUUGUUCUCAUAUCUACAGACGAGCACGUGAUAUUAGAAGACAUGUGGAAGCUCAUCGUAGACAUGGAGAAACAAAAGAAAAUGUCAAUGUAGUUAGUAAUAAUAUAACUACUUGUAUAAAUGGAAAUUCAAUCAUAAUUCGCAGAUACAAGUGUCUUAUUUGUUCUGAGACUUAUAAACCACAUAAUAUUAGAAGACAUGUGCAAGGUCAUCGAGGUCGUGGAGAAACGAAAGAAAAUUUUACUAUGAAAUCAAAAGAAAAUAAAAAUUCACGUAGUGUGUCCCUUAGAAAUAUUAACGGUAUCAAGGACAAAAGGCAAAAUAAUUCUGUUAAUUUAUUUGCUAAUAAGAAAACAAAUCAAAGAGAAGCUAGGAAGAGAACAGAAUUUUAUAGGAGAAACGAUGAUAAACACAAUACUACUUGUACUUGCGGAAGAUCGUUUCGUGAUCCCUACACAAUGCAUGUACAUAAGAAAGUCUGUGACUUAGAAAGUGAUGAAACAGGAGAACGUGUUAGCCGUAGUCGAAAAAGAAUGGUUUCAAAUUCUACAUCAAGAAUUAACAUAACAAUAAAGAAAAGAAAUGAUUCUUAUGAAAUUGUUGGUAGAAAGACAGACGAUGAAAAGGAAUUGCAAUAUUCUAUGAACGAUAGUAGAUCGUCAACAAAUUCGUCCGAUAAUGAUAUCGAAACACAACAUGCAUGCAAUGAAACUGUAGAAGUAUCCAAGUACAGUGAAAAUCACAGUUUUUUGAAAAUUCAGGAUAUCGAUGAAGAUAUCGACGUUGACAUUGAAGAAAAUUCUCAAAGUGUUUCUGCUACUAAUGACACUAUCGAGAAUCUUGCAACGAUUGAACUAGAUCAGCCUCUUCCUGAGUCUUUCAAUAAACAAAAAGAAAAUAAAAUAAACACAAACAUAAAAAGGUCUUCUAGUCGAACUUCUAAAAACAUUCUGAAGCUACAAAAACAAAAUAUUUGUAUCUGUGGAACUCUGUUUGAUAGCAGAAAAGCUCUUGAUUUCCAUGUUUUAAAACAUCAUUCAUGCACACGAUUUACGUGUGGAUAUUGCAAUACAACUUUUCCUAAUGCUUCUCUGUGGAAAAAACAUCAGUGUAAUUCUUCUCAAACUAAAGUGUUUAUUGAUACACCUCAAGAAUUAGAUUGUAAGUUCUGUAAUAUUUCAGUGAAUUCUUAUAUAGCAUUUGAUGUACAUAUCCGACAAAAACAUUUUGAUCCUGUAGUACCAAUACAAUGUUAUCAAUGUGAUAAACGUUUCUCCAAUACCACUGCUCGAAAAAUUCACAUUAGGAACGACCAUGAACAAUAUACUUGUAACAUGUGUGAUAUGAUAUAUAAUGACAAUAUGAAGAACAGACAUGAAGGAUACCAUUAUGGGCUUGGACAUCCUUGUCACAUUUGCAAAAAGACAUACUCCUCUAAAAGGAAUUAUGUUAGACAUAUUCAAAAAGCUCAUUUUGCACGUCGGCCAUAGGAUGAUGCGAUUUUUAUAAUACCUUGUAGAUUACUAUAAGAGCUUUUGAUACAUAUUUGGUAAAAAGUAGGCGAAUGAAUGAACAAGCAGAAGCAUGAAGCUUUUAAUUUAAGAAUAGUAUGUACAUAACAAAAUGAGAUAUAAUGGGAUUUUUAAGAUUUUAAAGUUUAGUUAUGCAAUUUAUUUAAUUUUCCCUUUGGACGGUCGAAAGAUAACUCUCGUUUGCCAUAAACAACGUGUAUAACAAAUAUGUAUACAGCAUAAUUCCAGUUAAGAAAAGAUUGUUUCCUCAUCUCUUAAGUCUAGGUCGUAUAUUUAUUCGUACUCCAUUUAAUAAAGUUAAUGUUUUCUUAA